UCGAACAUCCCCCUAACCGAAAUUCGAAACCCUAGAAACUCCGUCUUCACUAGUUCACUACUCACUAGCUAGAGGAGAGAGAGAGAGUGGCAGCCAUGGGCGAGGAGCUUGAAGAGAGAGAACGAGGUCCAAUUUUCUCGGAUAUUCGUCGUUAUUACUGCCAAUUUUGUGGUAUUUGCAGAUCCAAAAAGUCGCUCAUCAACUCUCAUAUUCUCUCUCAUCACCAGGAGGAGAUGGAGGAGAAGAGAGAAAUUGGAGGUGAGGAGGAAACCGAGGGGCAAAAGUGUAAUAACACAUGUGAAGAAUGUGGUGCUACUUUCAAAAAGCCUGCCCAUUUGAAGCAACAUAUGCUUAGCCACUCACUCGAGAGGUCCUUUGUUUGUCCAAUAAACGAUUGCAGCGCGAGUUAUAGAAGGAAAGAUCACUUAAAUCGCCACCUUCUUCAGCACAAAGGGAAGCUGUUUAAGUGCCCUAUAGAAAAUUGUAGUAGUGAGUUCUCUGUUCAGGGGAACAUUAGUCGACACUUAAAGGAAUAUCAUGGUGAUAAGCAUGAACCUGAUAGUGGAAAGGGACAAAUCAAACAUGUUUGUGAGGAAAAUGGAUGCGGGAAGGAGUUUAAGUAUGCAUCUCAGUUACGGAAGCAUGCUGAAUCCCAUGUCUUGGGGUCUUCAGAAUCAUUUUGUGCUGAUCCUAGCUGUAUGAAGCCGUUUUCAAAUGUCGAGUGCCUCAAGGCUCAUAUCAGAUCCUGUCACCAAUAUGUAAAUUGUGAGGUUUGUGGUUCCAAGCAUCUAAGGAAAAAUUACAAACGUCACCUCUUAACUCAUGGGGAGCACUUACCCACCAUACUAAAAUGCAGUUUUGAGGGUUGUGACCACUCUUUUACCACAAAAUCAAAUAUGCAGCAGCAUGUAAAGGCAGUACAUUUGCAACUUAGACCCUUCAUUUGCAGCAUUCCUGGUUGCGGUAUGAAAUUUGCUUUUAAGCAUGUGAGGGAUAACCAUGAGAAAACUGGCCGCCAUGUUCAUGUGCAUGGGGAUCUCGAGGAGUUCGAUGAGCAAUUCAGAUCGAGGCCUCGUGGUGGACGUAAAAGAAAGCUUCCAUGUGUAGAAAUGCUCAUGCGCAAAAGAAUCAGCCCGCCUAAUCAUUGUGACGGUGUUCUUGAUGAUAGCUCAGAGUUUCUUUCGUGGUUGCUUUCAGAUGAUGUGGUUUAGUUGAUUGACUCAAACAGGGAUAGAAUCAAUAUCUUUUUUCUAUACGUAGUAUGUAUAUUAAUAGAAUGUAGACUCAAGGUAACUGGAGGUAUAGAAUAUACAUUGGUAGAGUCGUAGAGAUCACGUGUGUUGUAUAUUGGAGUAGCUACUUUAGUAGGCUCAUCAAGUUUUUGACCUUUUGGUGGUUUUUUGGGGUAGCUGAAUGUUUGAUAACUCGUAUAUUUAUGUUAAUGUUGAUGCAAUCACUUAACCCAUUA